UUUCCCUGGAAAAAAUUUCAGAUGCUGUCCCACUUUUUCAGCUAUAAAAUCCCAAGCCAAAUCACCUCUACAAUCCUCUCUCUUUUUCCUACCUUUUCUCUUCAUAGUUUCAAGCUAUAAACUCUGCUUCUUUUCUGUUUCAAAGCCUCACUUUUUACUUGUUUCUUGUUCUGGUCUUAAUCUCCUUAAAAUUUUUGUUUUUAUUUUCAAGAUUUAAGAGCAACAUAAAUAAAAGUUUGAAAUUUGUGCCUCAGAAUCAUCUGGGGUUUUUGAGCAAAUCUUGAUGCUAAACUUAAUAUUUCUAAUCUUUGAAAUUCAUGUCUGCAAUUCUCACUGAACUCCUCCUUUCUGGUUUUAUGAUAAAUUUCACAUAUAGGCGCAGGACUCAUUUAGUGCAAUCUUUCUCAGUUGUUUUCCUCUAUUGGUUUUACUGCAUUUCAUAAUUAAUUUCCUCUAAAUAAGAAUUAUUCAUAUUACAAUUAAGUUUCACAUUCAUAUUAGUACUCUUUAUUUGCAUCAAAUCACUAUUUUGUGUCCUGCUAAUUUUUGUAGGGGUAGUUUUAAGUCCUGAAAUAACGUUGGAGGUAUUUACGGAUCAAAAGCGUAAAUUUAAAUCAUUUACCAAAAGACAAGGAUAGUUUUGAACAUUUUUCGUUGUUAUUAUUGUUCCUAAGUUUUGGUCAUAAAAAAAUAUUUGGUCAUGGCUUCAUCAAGUGGGACAUCAUUAGGUUCAGGUUCAUAUACAUUUCAGAACUCAGGCUCAGAAGAAGAUGUUCGACGGUUAAUGGAUCAGAGGAAAAGGAAGAGGAUGAUAUCGAACCGCGAAUCGGCUCGAAGAUCAAGAAUGAGGAAACAAAAACAUUUGGAUGAUCUUAUGUCCCAAUUAGCCCAUCAUAGGAAAGAAAAUAACCAAAUCUUGACCACUAUGAAUGUCACAACCCAACAUUACCUCAAUGUUGAAGCUGAAAACUCAAUCUUGAGAGCUCAAGUGGUUGAACUUAGCAAUAGAUUUCAGUCCUUAACACAAAUCAUCAGUUUCUUCAUUGCCAACAACAGUGGCAAUACUCAAAUUGAGUAUAUGGCUGAUGGUUUUCUUAUGAAUGAUUCUUGGAAUUAUCUCUACUCUAAUCAGCCAAUUAUCACUGCAGACAUCUUGCAAUAUUAAUGAAAUAGAUUGUAACCUAUGCUUUAAAAUCUUGGAUUGUUUCUGCUUUUCAAUCUUUGUAUUAAUUUCAAUAUUUGAGGUGCUGGGGAUCCUUUAUCAGCAGCAGGCUCUAAGAUUAAAAAAUUUAGUAUUAGUAAUAGUAAUUAGUAUUGGAUUACUAUUUUAAAGCAUUGUGUUCAAAUAGUGGUAAGACUAAUAAUCCAUAUAAUACUAGUCAUUGGGGUGUUUGUAUCUUAUGUCACUUGCAAGUAUGGUUUCCAUUUUUAAGAGCUUUUGCAAUUGUAAGUUA